GAAUCUAAUAACAGUGGUCUUGAAGAAUUAGCAAUUAAAUCAAAUAAUCGUGAUCACGGCCAUGGUCAUCUAAGGUUAAAUAAUACCAUUUCAGUUAGUCAACAGAGUUGGGGUCGUGGUCAUCCAAGGUCAAAUAGUACUAUUCCAGUUAGUCAACAGGGUUAUAGUCAUCCAAGGUUAAACAAUACUACUCCAGUUAAUCAAUGA